AUCAUCAACCCGCCGUAAUCACCCCCUGACGAACACCCACCGCCUCGAGGUUCCAGCAACGUUUGCUCGACGUCCAUACAGCUACGGCACUCGCAAGAACACUCUCCGUCCGCAUGCCUUGUAGAAUAAAGUCACCGUAGUGCGAGUUGGCUUUCCAACAAGGCAACAUGCCCGACCCAGUAAAGGCCGCCCGUUACCUCCAACAGCUCGACGACGCCCGCUGCGAUGAGAAUUGGGAUGCCGUGCCCGAGUUAAUCCGCAAGGUGCGGAAGCACGCCCCGGACCGGUCCUGCCUCACCCUGACCGCCGAAAUCGAACACGCCAUCGCCAAAGCGAACCCCAAACCGACACCUUCCGACCGAGCCACCUCCGCCGACAGCACCGCCCACUCGUCCACAGGGGCCACCACCCCGGCCGGCCUCGAAGCAGCCAACCACCUCCCCACCCUCCUCACCGCAAUCGACGCCGAGUCCCACCGCCCCGAAGACCGCUUCCAAGCGCGCGUCUGCGCGGGCUGGCUGCUCUGGGUGCUGCGCGAGUACCCAGCCGCACUCGCCCGCCUCCCACGCACACUCCUCGACCACGAACCCUCGGCGGAAGAAGGCGGCGACAACAACAACACCGCCAACGAAGACGGCCUGCCCGGCGGCGGCAGCGGCCUAUCAGAAUGGACCAAAGUCUGCGGCCUCAAAGCCGCCUACCUACGAGCAAACUGCCUGGCGCGGGACGGGCAGCGCGAGGGCGCCCUCGACGCCUUCGAGGCCGCGCUGCCCGCGCUGGCCGCCGUGUGGGCGGCGGGGCCCGCCGACGCCCGCCAGCAGACCCGCUACUGGGCCGAGCUGUUCCUGACCGAGUACUGCAUGCUCGCCGCCCAGGCGCUGCGCGACGGCGUGCGCUCGCUGCGCGGGCCGGACUCGUUGGGCUGUUUUCGGACGUGGGCGCGGUAUUGGUCCGCCGUGGGGAAGGGCGGGCCUGUUCCGGGGGGUUAUGGGUUCCGUGGGUCGGUGCCGCGGCGUCAGGUGUGGGGGGAGUAUUAUUUUGCGGUGUCGGAGGUGCUGCAGGGGGAUUUGCCGUUCCCGACGGGGUAUUCGGUUGUGGUGAGCGGUGGGGAGAAUUCGGCAAGGAGUCGGCUGCGGGCGGAGCUGAAGCAGGUCGAGGCGGCUUAUCAGGGGCUGUUGUUCGGCGAGACGCGGUUCCCCAAGGCGGACGAGGAGCGGUUGGAGGUGGAGGAGUUUGUGCGGCGGAUGAUGCGGAACUGGGAGAUCUUGAACGGGAGGGGGUGGAAGGAGCAUGAGUUGGGUGCUGGGGGGAGGGAAGCGCUGUGUCGGAACACGCUGGAGAGCCUGUAUGGCGCCGCGGCGAAGACGUACCACUCGACGGCGAUCUUGAGGCACCUGUUCACCGUCCACCUCGCCGUGGCCGAGUUUGACCUGGCUUUCAUGGCGUUUGACUCGUGGCUUGAGCUGGUUAAGAAGGGCAAGGCGCGCGUGCAAAAGACGGGCCACCGCGAGCCUGCCCUGGACGACAACGCGACCGUGUUGGAGACCAUCUCGACUGGCAUCGCAGCUCUGUGCCGGUUUGGCAGCAGGGAGGCGGCCGAAAAGGCACACAAACUGGCGGAGGAGCUCGAGGAUAUUGUUGAAGAAGAGGAGGGCCGUGAUUCGGACACCACCGAUCCAGACGACGAGGUGCCGCCGAACAUUCUGGCCGUGGCGUGGCAGUCGGUCGGGUUGGCUCAGGCCGAGUGGGCGCGCAUGACGUACGACUCUGAGGUUCGCACCACGAUCCAGGAGAAGGCGAUUCAAUGCCUCGGAAGGUCACUGUCGCCCCGCUUCGGCCAAGCUGUCGACGCGCGGGGUGUGUUUGCCCUGGGAGUGUUGUUCGCCGAGCAGCGCAAGCUGUCGGCGUCCAUUGAGCUGGUCAAGACGGCGCUUCUUACCGAAAAGUCCCUUAGCACAAGCCAGGAGCUGCGCCUGGGGCCAUAUUGGCGGGAACGGUCGCUUAUUCCCCUCUGGCAUCUUCUGGCACUCAUGCUCAGUGCUCGACAGGAGUAUGUCAUGGCCGCCAGGGCUUGCGAGGGCGCUAUCGAACAGUUCAAGGAUCCGAACGUACUGUUUGGGAGUAGACAUCUGGACAGUGGCGUCCGGAGCGAGCACCUGAAAGAGGCCGGGUUCAAAGACAAGUCGGGAGAUGGGAUCGUGGAUGAGAUGGACGACUACGAGAAGGAGAGCAUUCUGCAGAUCAAGAUGACGCAGCUCGCCAUCCUCGAGGUGAUUGAAGGCCCUGCCGUCGCUGUCAAUGCUAGCACGGAGCUGCUCACUCUAUUCCCGCGGCUGUUUGGCGAUUUGGAACAGAAGGUCGAGCUUUCCAAAGCCGAGCCGCCAAAGACAGCUGCCACGCUACGCAGCUUCAGGGGAAGCGUCUUCGGUAGCAGGUCGGAAAAGACCCAUCCGAGGCAGAGCGUCGUGAACAACAACGAGAAACUGGCGACGAUACCCUCCCGACCGCAGACCACACAGACAACCCAAAGCAUCGCAACCACGGUCCAAUCAUCUAACGACGCAGCUGAUCCAUACUCGAGCCGCAGGUCGACCAAGUCGGCCAAGUCGGAUGACAUCAAGCGGACCCGCAAUAGUCUGCGCAAACGCGACCGGAGCGGCAGUCGGCGUCGCGCGCUCAGCACAGGUGGGCCGCCGGUGCCCCCUAUCGACGGCGACAAAUAUUUUGCCGCCUUCGACGAGCGGGGCCUGCCAAAUUACUUCCCCCCCAAGCAAACGGUCGAGCCCCCGAGGGAAACAUCCGGCAGGUCAUCAUCCCGCUCGAGGACAGAGGUGGCGGCUGGGCAGGUGGCUCCGGCGUUCUCGCCCUUGCUCCCGUUUGUCCAAUUCUCGCCCGACCAUAACCGGCGGCGGAGGAAGGCGAUCCUGGUGAAGGUGUGGCUGGUGAUUGCGGGCUUCUAUCGCCGGGCCGGGCUCCUCGAUGACGCAAGCAAAGCGGCUGCUGAGGCGCAGGGAGUUGCGCAGAGCCUCGAGGCGGACGUGGUGAACGAGACUUCGGAGGCGCUGUUGGUGCGGCAGGUUGGCUGGGGGAUGGAGAAGAGUGCCGAGGAGGUUCUCGCGGAUGUUUGGGCCGAGAAAGGAAACCUCUCCCUUGCGCGCGAGCGGCCAUACCAGGCGCGCGCCGACUUUGAGACGGCGCUGACGCACUUCCCCGACCACCCGGGCGCCAUUGUCGGGCUGUCCAACAUCCUCUUGGAUAUCUACACAGAAACCCUGCUCCCACCGCCAGCGGUGCCGGGGCUGGACCUCAACAAGCUCUCUCUCGGAGAGGAUAGCAUUUUCACCUCCGCACCCGACCCAACCCCCUCCCUCCCAGCGCACAACAGCAAGGAGACCACCCCCACAUUGCCAUCCGCGCCCCUCGGCCUCGGACCAACGCGGCCCAAACCAAACCCCCAACCAGCCGCCGCCGCCGCGGUCCUCGUCAACGGACGCCCGCUCUCCCCUACACCCGCGACAACAACAACAACAACAACAACGACAUCAUCAUCCCUCCUCGGCGCGCCGCUGCCGCCGCCGCACAAGGCCACCUCCCUACCGCUGAACGACCGGCUGGCGGCGCGCGACCGCGCCUACGGCCUGCUCGCGGGCCUGACCAAGCUGGGCAGCGGGUGGAACUGCUCCGAGGCGUGGUUCGCGCUGGCGCGCGCGUACGAGGAGAGCGGCCAGGCGGACAAGGCGCGGAGUGCGCUGUGGUGGUGUGUCGAGCUGGAGGAUGGGCGUGGGGUGAGGGAGUGGGAGGUGGUGGGGGGUGGGUAUGUGCUGUAGUGUGGUGGACUUGGUGUGUGGGGGUGGUGGUGGUUGUGAGGGUGCGGAG